AUGACGUGGAAUAGAGGCAACAGCUACAGUGACAGGAAGAGCGGGGGAAACAGUAGAAGAAGAAAUGGAUUCAGAAAUCGGAUCCCAUUGGAAAAACGAAAAAUCAAGACAGACUUCGACGAGAAGGCUUUUCCCGGCUUGAAGGAUUUGACACAGAAAGAACGAAACAACUUCUUUACUCUCUACGAACGGCACGACCAAGAAUACGACCAGCCUUUUACCUUCAAAAAGAAAGAGAAAGCGACUCGCCACGAAAUUAGCAAUGUUCGAACGACGAAAAGAGCGAUUUCACCGGUUCAUCAAAACUUCAAGUCGAAGAGGCCGCGAUCUUCCACGCGACCGGAUGAACCAACUCGAUCGGGCCCAAUCUACAACGACUCGACCACGGACGAGGAGGACCCAUACGGCUUCAAAGAAAACUAUUCCAACCCCACAAAAAUCCGUCUCGAAGCGGAAAAUCAACGAAGAAUCAACUGGGUCUUGAGCCUCUCCGACGAAGAGUUCCACUGGCUCCGAAAACAACAAGGAAUCCAUGGAGAUACGCAGGAAAAGGCAGCGCAGGCGGAGGUGGAAAGAAAGAGCAUCCAGACGCAGUAUCGAAAAGAGGAUUUCAAGAGCGUGAAUCCGUACGACUCGUUCUCCAGCCGCGCCCGCAUCUCCACCAAUUCCAGCCACUCGAUCGACGCCCGACUCGAAGAGCUCCAGUCUUCGAUGAGCAAGCGCUCCCACGACUUUUAG